AUGAAGAAAUCAAAUGAAGAGGAUGCCAACGAAGAAGAAGAACACAAGCUUGAGUCUCUUAUCCCAGCUAUGACUUUAGAUGAAUUCUUCGAAAAAUAUGGGAUAUCAUUGGAUGAAAAUGAUGAAGAAUAUGAAUAUGAUUAUGAUGAUCACAGUCCAAGUGUUGGGAAUAGUAGUGACAGUCAACACGGUACCAAAAAGAAAAGAGUUCGUGGUCCUACCCAACUGAAGCAUAUUCAUGCUAUGGAGACACAGAUAGAGUUAACAUGGUACAACGGCAAACCCAUAGGCCCAACAAAGACACAGGUUCAAUUGUUUAGUCGGUUCUUGGGUACACUUGCAAGAAACUCUAAUUUGGUCACGUUAUUAUAUACUAAUUGGCAAGCUGUGUCCAAUGAGACUAAAACUUCAAUGUUAGAUUAUGCAAAGUCUAAAUAUAACAUUCCUAGUGACGCUGAGCCUUGGGUGAUAGAUACCAUUGGAGAGUCAUGGAAGCAAUUUAAGAAACGGGUUAUUUCUGACAAAAAUCGUGAAAACAGAUCCAAGCAAAAAUGGAAUCAUCGAAUGGGUCCAGUUAGUUUUGAAUUAGUACGCGCUGAAUUGCGUGCAAAGAAGGAGGACAAUGAAGAUCCAUCACAAGUUAAGAUGUUUGUUGUAACUCGUAUGAAUAAAAAAGGAGAGACUGAUUCGGGAACACAAGAGACAAUUGAUCAUCUUCAAAAUUUGAAACAAGCAGGAUAUAGUGACGAUGAAGCAGUUCAAACAGUUUUUGGAAAGGAGAAAAGUGGUAGAGUUCGUUUCUAUGGUCGAUCAGUCACAAAAUUCUCUCUUAAAGAGGAUAAGCAAAUCCGACAAAUGCAACAACAACAUACUGAAGUUGUUUCAACUAUGGAGAAAAAUCAAAAUAACUUAACUUCCAAGUUGGAUGGUUUAACAAACUUGAUUAAAAUGUUGUUGCAACAAGUCAAUCCUUGUAUGAGUGCAGAACAAGUGCAAAUAAUGAUAGAAGCCGCCCAACAAUCUCCGCUUGACGCGAGUAGUGCACCAAAUGAUGCGCGGCGAAGCAUUCCUCCUUCACUUGGAUCGAACCAUGUAUCAAAGGAUAUGGAAGUAAGUAGUGUUCAUAAUUAG